UACUCCAGACCACUAUAAUGAUAUCAUUAUAUAUAUAUAUAUAUAUUAAUCAGGCCAGCGAUCAUUAACAUUUUCAACUAAAAAUGGCAACAAGGGGCGUUUCGCCGCCGGCCGCCGCCAGCGCUGGCUCGCUAGAGCUGGAAGGUUUGGUGAUCGGUUCAAAGAUGGAACGAGUCGGAGGUACGAUGUCUCGAUAUUUUAGCGAAGGCAAAGGGAGGAUCUUCAGUGAGGAGGAGCGAGCCAAAGAAGCUGUUUACAUUCAGAAAAUGGAGAGGGAGAGGAUGGAGAAGCUGAAGAAAAAGAUGGAGAAGGAGAGGGCCGCAGCUGAAAGAGGGGAGAUUAAGAAAACGGAGGAAGCCUGCAAAACCUGAAGGUCGAUCUACCUGCAGUUUAUCCCUUCGAUGUUGUGGCCGUGGUAGCUGACUUGUAGAUAACAUGAUGAUGAGUAAAAUUAGUGAGCUCUUUGUAUGUUUUUUUUUUUCUUUUUCUUUUUUCUUUUGUCGAGAAAAAUAAAGUGUGUAAAUUUGUUGAACCCAGUGGCUGCUAUGAGCGAUUGGGCGUAUGUUGUAUUAUUUUAAAAUGUUGUUGUUUGUAGAUGGGCUUGUAUAGUUAUUGUCCAAGCAAAUGGGCCUAACGGGCCUCUUUGGCUCAGGUGUAUAUAGGAAUAAAUUUCAUAAAAAAAAGGUACCGUUGGGUUUUGA